AUGAUCAUAGUACCAUCAUCUGAAGUUGAGUGGCAAAGGCGUGCCCAAGCCACCAAUAUUCUCGGUGGAUCAAUUCACGAAGCCAAGCUGAGGUCGGCUUCGAAGAUUGGCGAUACUCAAUAUUUGCUACUCCGAGUGUUGUGGAAGAUUCCAUCGCGUGGAAAAUCCCAAACCAUUCCAAACAUAUUUGGCCUUGCCGACUGGGUGCAAAAAGCGACCCCCAUAUUGGGACGCUACGAAUCCUGGAGGGAGUAUUGCGAAAGCUUUCAUAAAGCAAAGAUUCCAGAGGGAACAUUUGCUCUGCCUCGAUUUUAUCAAAAACAGGCCGCCCAAGUUCCAAAGACUACAGAACUCCCCGGCGAUUCCGAUGUUGUGUUCACUCCCGUGUCCAAUCGCACGCGUGGACAAGUCAAUCUGAUUUCACGUAUACGGGAACUGGGACUCGAGACACCAAGCAAAGCUCCUAGACGCCGUGCUAAGACAGCUGAAAGCCUUUCUGAUGAAGAACUGAACUUUGGACCGGACGAAGAAGACGAGGGGGAGAUUUUGGGUCUAAUUCAUCCUAAGACAAAGGAUGAGCAGAUUGUCAAUACAGCUCUGAUCGAUUUUCUCAAUGCUUUUAUAAUCCAUGAGAAUAUGCCUGUGCAGUGGACACUCUAUCGGAAGCCCUUCAAGGCUGAAUUCAAGGAUAACUCAUUCGAAGCUCGUACAGAUGGAUGCCUGGAGAUAUAG